GUCACAUUCUGUUUUUAAAAAUAAUCUUUUGUGGUCUUUUGGAUGUUGAGUCUUGCUAUUUAAGUAAUACAUUUUUUUCAAUGUAUUUAUGACAGUUUUUUUUUGGAUAUAUGCUUCAGUUUUGUUAAUCCUUUACUCUCUUGUUUCUAACCAAUUAAAAUAAAUAGAAAGUGAUUAACCACUUGUACAGUUUUAGUUUUAUGACUUCAGCUGCUAAGAUGACGACUUAUUUUUAAAAGGACAUUUUACCUUAUUUUUCUUAUCUAACUGGUUAUGAGUAUAAAUGGGGUGUUUGCAUAAUGGGCACCUUAUUUAUUAGUGUUACAUUUCCAUUUUUUAUAAAAAUGUUGAGAUUUAAUAGGCAUUGGUUGUCACACAUAUAUUGUGUGAAAUCUUUAUUUUAGAUAUCAGUGUGAUAGUGUUUCUCAAGUUCAGUAAAUAAAAUUUAUCUUAUUAAUGAUAAUGUCUUUCCCUUUUUCAGAUUUUGGACUGAAAUAUAUACAUAAAUAAAUCAUUUAUUCUCAUCAUGUUGCAAGAACAAUUUUCUUAUCAAAGUGUGCUUAACUUAUUGAUUUCAUUCUUAGUGACAGGACUAUUUAUUAAAGCGAGUGAAUCAAUUUCUAGUGGCCUGUUGUCAACUAAUCAUUGUGUUGAAAAGUUUCAUCAAGACGAUUAUAUGCAUUGUAAUUUUUAUGGUGAGCCACAGUGCUGGAUUUCAUUUUUAACAUGCCCACCUGGCUUUGUGUCUUCAAAUGAAAUGAAUUUUAGAACAAAAGCAUUGAAUUGUAUUCCAAAGUGAGUAUUUAAAAAUUGAAUAUAUUAUAACCUGCUAAAAUUGAAUUUUUUUGGUAAAAUAAAUGAAAUGAGACAUAAGAAUUACUAUCAUUAUAAUGAUGUUUCCAGCAUGUUAGUUACAGUACAUCAAAGUUUUAUGAUUUAUUGGGACCUUAAAACUUAAAUGUUUUCCUGCACAUAACCAUACUACUUUCUUAAAGUGUAAAUUGGGGAGGACUGCUUUACUAUUUUCCUAAAUAUCCAAAUAUUUUUUGGGUAAAGCAAAAGCUAAUCUUACCCUCUGUUUUCUCUCCAAGAUAUCUGCUUCACAUCUGCUUACAUGUGCAGUCCUCACUGUUUUGUAGUAGGCUUUGAUUUCCCUCGUAUUUUAUUUUAAAUAUUUAUUUAUUUUUAAAUGUAAUUUUAACCUUUCCUGUUAACCUCUUACCCAAAUUUUUGGGUUUUUGGGACCUUCUUCAAUUCAGUAUGAUUUCCUGUUUCUUAUAAUUGCUAUCAGUUAAGUUCAUUCUUCUAUUCUCUUGAUCUUUUGGGUUUUUUUUGUUGAAGGCUUCCCAUUCGAAAUGUCAGUUGUUUUGUUUUACUGAAAUUUCAGGCUUUCCCCUAAUCCAUGUGUUUUAUGUAUACUUUUUUUAAAGCUACUUCUUAAUAAAAAAAAACCUUCUCAGAUAACUUGUACUCUAUUUCUAAAAAUGGGUAACUUAUGAUAUAAUGACCUACUUAAAACAGUGUUAAUAAAGUUAUAAGUGUCGCUUGUAAGAACUUAAUCCUUUUUUCAUUUAGUUUAGUGAUAUGCGAUCUCAAAUGUUAAUUAAAAAUUGUUAUAGCAAAAAGUCUUAAUAAAUCUUUAUAUUUCUAGAGUACAUUGGAUUAAAUGAAGAACUUAAUAAAUUAAGUUGGACCUCAUGAAAACUCACAACUUCUGGUAUUCUAACUUUGAGUAAAAAUGUUUAAAAAUCUGAAUUUGAACUGGUCCUACAAUUUGAAUAAUAAAAUCAAACAUAACUUAUUUUAAAUGACGAUGUAAGUUAUGAAAUCUUGUGUAAAAUCAAUGUCAUUAUUUUUCACAGUAACAGCUACGCAUUGGUCAGUUUUCAGUCUGACCCACACCCAACAGAAGGAUUAGUCCCUGAAAAUUGUUGCAGUGCUCAAAUAGAGAUAAGAGACAAAUACUUCUGCUUGUACGAGAAAUGCUGGUUCUCAUUUCAGCUUUGUAGUGAAAAUGAGUUCUGGAAUGGUGAAUUAAAUUUCAACACCGGACAGUUGAUCUGCUUGUAAGUAAUGAUUAUAUUUAUAAAUAAUCAUGUAAGCUUAUAAUAAUAAUAAUAUUUAAUAAUAGAAAGGGAGAAAAGGGAAAUGUUUUGAACAUACAAUAUUUCCUCUUUUUUUUUUGUUACUUUAUUUCAAUUUAGCAUUAAUAAUUAAAUUUGGGCUUUUGAAAAGAAAUUAUUGGGUGAGAGAUUUGCCAACAUAUUAUUUUAAUUGUUUUAUAUAUGCACUUUUCUUUAAAUAAUGUACUUAAGAAAUUGUAAAUAUAUUCAGUUUUUAACUUUGUAAUUUGCUUGUAAACUUUAAAAGCUCAACUCUAUUUAUCAGUGCCUGUCCUUCAGGAUCGAAGCAACCUUAUGGCUACCACAGAAAUAAGUCUUGCGAAUCAAGGUAGGACCAUUGUACUCAUUGUAAAAUUUCACUGAUUUUAAAUUUAACAAGUUACACCUUGUUACAACAUCUUGCCCAGUUUCUUGCGGCCACCUUUAAUAUUUUGAGGUCAGGUAACGUUAGAAUUCAUUUUUCAAACAGCGCUGUAAAAAUGUAAAAUGAAGUAAUUUUUUUAUUAUAUGUUGUUUAUGUGCAUUCCAAGGGCAUUUUUAUUUUAAGGCACCUGUAAAAUAAUCACUAAAAUUCUGCUACACCAUUCAAGUUGUUUUCAUUUUAGUUUGUAAGGUAGUAAACAAGGUUUAUUGGACAGAGUUUAGCAGUGUUAAAUUAUUAUUCUUUUUACAUUUUUGCAUUUAAUUUAAGGAUUAUAAAUAAAAUUUUCGUCUGCAGCCCAUUGGUUCCUGUGAAAAAUGACGGUGGUUUUACAGAGUCCAGGAUCAUCAGUUCAUCAAUAUCCUUGGCAGCUUGUCUACUCAUUUGGUUUUACAAUUAAGUCUAAGUAUAGCUGUGUGAUACUCAUUUUAAUUAAGGAGCUAUUUUUUUAUACGUUAUGAAAUAGGCAUUUAGGAGAGAAUGUUUGUUAUUUUAAGUGAUUGAGAGUGAAAGUAUUGUCUUUCAUGUGCUGCAUUAAAAAAAAUGUGUAUCACUGUUUUUAAAUCAAUAUUUAUUUAAAAUAUAUUGAUUUGUAUUAUACAAAUAUAUUAAUGUUUAUCAUCCAAACAGCUCCCACAGUAUUCAACUUACUAUAAUUAAUGAUAUUGAUAUUAAAGCUAAUGGUUUUUUUAAAGUACCAUAUUUUUUUACUUUAUGAAAUUCUAAGUUAUAAGCUUUAAAUAACUUUUAUUCUAAGUUAUAAGCUUUAAAUAACUCUCAUUACCAUAUUUUUUUACUUUUUGAUAUUCUAAGUUAUAAGCUUUAAAUAACUCUUAACACAAUAGAUCUUUACUUCAUUUAAUGUACAGUUUAAAAGAAUGAUUAUGCAUCAGCUAGUUGUUUGAUUUUAAUGGCAGUUGAGGGUUUUGUUUUUUUCAAAAUUAUUAUUUCUAAUCAAUAGUUUAUUUACAGUUUAUGUGACAAACGUGUAUUUUGAUUGCUAAGGAUCAGGUCAAAAAUCAUUAGCUGAUUAGUUUAAUAUUUUACCAAAUUAAGGCAUUUUAAAUUUACUUUAAGGAUUUUUAAAAAAAAUGGUAAAUAAGGUCUCAUGUGUCUCUCUCAAUUUGUGCAAAAUAAAUAUCAAUCUUUUCCUUUCACUCUAAACUAAUACCAUUAAAGUUUAUCUCAAUUAUUUAAUCUCUAAUACAUUGUAGGACAUCAAAAAAUGUAUUAAUAUUUUUAAAAUGUAUAUGCUGUUCACCAAAGCAUAAAAGUUUUUAAAGCCUUAAAACAUAGUAGUUAUGUAAAUGACAGACGUCAAAAUUAUUUCAAAACUUUUUUAAAAAAAAAUGUGAACAUAAAAAGCUGAUAGAACAUUUCAAUAAUUUUGUAAUUGACCUUAGGUAUUUAAAAUUUAACAUUCUCUACACUAUAAAUCAUUAUGUUUGAGCAUUUAUUUAAAUUUUCCUUUGGUACCGGUAUUGAAAUUGAAAUUUUUUUUACUCAUUAACUUUGUGAAAUGUAUCAUGUUUAUGCUAUAGAAACAGAAAUGCAUUAGAAAAAACUGCUUGAACAGCAUGUUUGUUUUUGAGCUUUGUGUGUGUUUGUUAUGAAUAAGAUCAGUAUGGGGUACGGAGGAAUCAGGACUGCCAACAGCAGAAAAAUGAUAUUAAUUUUUACCAAAAAAUCCCGUCCAUAUAAAUUCUCUUUGCAACUUUAAAAAAAAUACAAUAUUCAAAAAAAAUUUUCGUCAAUAAAGAUUUACCAACUUGUUAAUGUUCAAUAUACACAAAUUAUAUUUUACUGUUAAUAUUGAACAUUUCUGAUUUCUUUUGAAAAAAAACAAAACAUGUUGCUAUGUAAUACCUGUAAUAAGGUUGUUCAAAUGGAAAUUUUUUUCUUUUUGAAACUCAUAUCAAUUCCAAGAUAAAAUUUAUUUCAAAAUGAAAAGGUUCAAUUGAGUGUAUAUUGUGUCUUUUUUAUUAUUUGAAUAACUCGCUUUAAAUAGUAAACCUUUUUUUAUUGAAAUUAUGAACAUCUGAUUGAGAAAUAUAGAUGUGUCAUCAAAUAUGUUUAAAAAAAUAAUAAUGAAAAUAAAGCUGUCCAACUCAUCCAUUAGGCUUAGGUAACUGGUCCAUUAGGCUUAGGUAACUAGUCCAUUAGGCUUAGGUAACUGGUCCAUUAGGCUUAGCUAACUGGUCCAUUAGGCUUAGGUAACUGGUCCAUUAGGCUUAGGUAACUGGUCCAUUAGGCUUAGGUAACUGGUCCAUUAGGCUUAGGUA